UUGUGCAAGAAACUUAGUGAAAAUUGUGAGGUCCAAUUAAUUAAGAGAGAAAUUAAGAAAGAGAAGAAAUGGCAGCAACAGGCAGCUCAGCCACAGUUGUUAGAGCAACUCCAUUUUUGGGCCAGACCAAAUAUGCUAACCCCCUUAGGGAUAUAGUUCCUAUGGGCUCUGCCAGAUUCACCAUGAGUAAUGAUUUGUGGUAUGGACCUGACCGUGUCAAGUACUUGGGACCAUUUUCUGCUCAAACUCCUUCAUACUUGACUGGAGAAUUCCCUGGUGAUUACGGAUGGGAUACUGCUGGUUUAUCUGCUGAUCCCGAGGCCUUUGCCAAGAACCGAGCUCUUGAGGUUAUCCAUGGGAGAUGGGCCAUGCUUGGGGCUUUUGGUUGCAUUACACCAGAAGUUCUUGAAAAAUGGGUAAAAGUGGACUUCAAAGAACCAGUAUGGUUCAAAGCUGGAGCCCAAAUCUUCAGUGAAGGUGGGCUGGACUAUUUGGGCAACCCAAACCUUGUCCAUGCUCAGAGCAUUCUAGCAGUAUUGGGCUUCCAAGUAGUGUUAAUGGGCCUUGUAGAAGGUUUCAGAAUUAAUGGGCUUCCUGGAGUUGGUGAAGGCAACAAUCUAUACCCAGGUGGUCAGUACUUUGACCCAUUGGGCCUAGCAGAUGACCCAACAACUUUCGCCGAGCUCAAGGUUAAGGAGAUCAAGAACGGAAGAUUAGCUAUGUUCUCCAUGUUUGGAUUCUUCGUUCAAGCUAUUGUCACCGGCAAAGGCCCACUUGAGAACCUAUUGGAUCACCUUGACAACCCUGUUGCAAACAAUGCAUGGGUUUAUGCAACUAAGUUUGUUCCUGGAUCUUAAAUUUUUUACAUUUUGACUUCCUCCAUAAGAGCCUUUGUAGUUUGUACCACUCAAUCAUUCAUAAUGCAAAUAUUUGUCAAAGGAAAAUUAUUUUACAUACACUUGAACCA